AUGGAAGAAACCAAAGAGGGUCCCCAAAUCAUCAAAGAGCCCGAGCACUCGCCCAGCCAAAAUGUUGGAAAGAAGCCUGAUGUCGCUCCAACGGCCGCUGCCAUCGAUUACCCAGGCGGUGUUAGUUUGAUCAUCCUCUUUGCUGGUCUCUUUCUUGCUGCUCUUUGCGUUGGCCUUGAUCGCACCAUCGUUGCCACUGCUAUUCCUAAAAUCACGAGCGACUUCAAUUCUCUCGACGACGUGGGCUGGUACGGCUCCGCAUAUCUCCUAACGAAUUGCUGCUUCCAGCUUUUCUUUGGCAAGCUAUAUGCUGAAUUCCACAUCAAAUGGGUUUUUCUCGGCGCGCUUCUCAUUUUUGAAGUCGGGUCCAUUGUAUGUGCCACGGCACCCACGUCGGUAGCUUUGAUCGUAGGCAGAGCAGUGGCAGGAAUAGGAGGCUCUGGAAUUGUUUCUGGGGCGCUGAUUAUUCUCUCGAGAUGCUUGCCAUUACAUAAACGUCCGAAGUAUACGGGUGCCAUGGGCGGUUCUGUUGGCAUCGCGCAGAUCACUUCGCCUACGCUCGGAGGUGUCUUUACGGACAAGGUAACCUGGAGAUGGUGCUUUUGGAUCAACCUCCCUCUGGGAGCAGUCACUUUCCUCACAGUUUUAUUUCUCGUCAAUAUUCCCUCUGAUCCCAAUUGCCAGUCCAAAGGCUCGGUAAAGGGUUUUCUUGAUCGAUUCGAUCUCAUCGGCACGCUAAUUCUAAUUCCCUGGGUGAUCUGUCUUCUACUGGCUCUUCAAUGGGGCGGUAGCCAAUAUCCUUGGAAUUCCUGGAGAAUCAUCCUUCUUCUCGUCCUCUUCGCCAUCCUUUUCCUCAUUUGGCUGUAUGUCCAGUAUAAGGAAGGUCAAAAGGCCACACUACCUCUGCAUAUCCUUAAACAACGAUCGAUGAUGGCCGGCAUGAUGUUCAUGUUCUGCUUAUUCACGGCCUUCUUUGUCAUCAACUACUAUGUUCCGAUCUGGUUCCAGUCCGUAAAGGGAGUAUCAGCGUACAAGUCAGGCAUAUACUUUCUUACAAUGAGUGCUGGUCUGUCUUUGGCCGUUAUAGCCUCAGGAUUUUUGACAACUCGAAUUGGCUAUUUCGUUCCCAAUAUGAUCAUGUCCACCAUACUCUCUUCGGUGGGAGCUGGUCUCAUUUAUACAUUUGAUCUCCACACGAGCACCGGCUUUUGGAUUCCAUCCCUGAUCAUCAUGGGAAUCGGUAUCGGCAUCGGCGCCCAGCAGCCCCUCAUGGCAGCCCAGACAGUCUUUAAAGGUCCGGAUAUUGCUCUAUCCACCUCAGCACUCAUCUUCACGCAAACUCUUGCAGGCACAAUCUUCCUGUCGGUCGCGGAGAAUAUCUUUCAAAACCAACUCGUCUCACAGCUUCGGAAGCUGGUCCCCGAGAUUGACCCACACGAUAUCAUCAAUAUCGGCGCUUCAAAUCUCCGACAGGUUAUCGAAGCAAAAUUUCCCCAGUACCUAACCGCUAUUUUAAAGGCAUACAAUAAUGCUAUACGCCACGUGUUUCUUUUAGCAGUCAUAUUUGCGUGUCUCAACGCCAUUCCUGAUGCUUUCAUGGAGUGGGUGAGCCCAGUAAAGAGAGGAAAGGCGGGAGCACAAGCACAAGUGAUGAACGGAAAGCCAACAGAAAAGGUUGAAGACGAAACUCCCAACACCAAAGCCGACGCAAAUAAAUCUUUCGCCUGA